AUGACCAGCAGGAAACCAGCUAUUCCAAACGACUCUCGUAGCUACGACGAGCGUCCUGCGAAACGGGCAAAAGUAGAUGAUGAACGCCAGGAUAGUACACCUUCCGCGGAGCCGUCACACGCCAUGGAAGAUAUUACUGGAGCAGCACUUCUUUCAGAAGAUGAAGACGAAGAUGGGCAGUCGAAAAAUGAACCUAGAGCAUCAGACCUUUACCUUGACACGAUCAAUCGAGCAUUGCUCGACUUUGACUUCGAGAAAGUUUGCUCCGUGUCUAUGUCAAACAUUAACACAUACGGCUGCCUAGUCUGUGGAAAGUACUUUCAAGGACGAGGUCGCAAGUCGUACGCCUAUGCGCACUCCAUUCAUGAUGACCACCAUGUUUUUAUCAACCUUGAGACAACCAAAGUGUAUGUGCUUCCAGAUGGUUAUCUUGUCUCUGACCCAUCUCUCGAAGACAUUUCGUUUGUUCUCAAUCCAUCCUUCACGAAGGCCUCCACAUCCACCCUCUCCUCGCCAUCCCAUCUUCUGAAACCCUCCUACGACCUCUCGUCAAAACCUUAUCUCUCUGGUUAUAUUGGCUUAAACAAUAUUAAGCGAAACGACCACAUGAAUGUUAUCAUACAUUCCCUCCUCCACAUUCCUCCUCUACGAGAUUACCUCCUUCUGUCCUCCUUUCGCGGCAAGGAGUCUGAACUGGUUAAACGAUUCGCCGCUCUCGCUAAGAAGAUAUGGAAUCCCCGGCUAUUCAAAAGUCAGGUUAGCCCUCACGAGUUUCUUCAGGAGGUCAACCGCGCUAGUGCGGGUAAGUUCCGACUCGAGCAACAAGGCGAUCCUGUCGAGUUUCUCGGCUGGUUACUUAACCGACUACACAAAGACAUGGGUGGAACUAAGAAAAAAAAUUCGAGUAUUAUAUUCUCAACGUUUCAAGGAGAACUCCGCGUGGAGACACAGCAGGUCGUUGUCCGCCCAGACUCUACGGGUUCUGAGAAGCCGCAGUUUGAUAUUGAUAGAGACAUCAAGGCUACUGUGUCGCCGUUUCUCUUUCUUGCGGUAGAUCUUCCCCCACCACCUCUUUUCCAAGAUACGAUCGAGAAGAACAUUAUCCCACAAGUUAGCAUUCAUUCUGUGCUGGCCAAGUACGAUGGAGUCACCACGCAGGAGUCCGCUGGCCAGUUACGCAGGUACAAGUGUCAACGCCUCCCACAGUAUAUCAUUUUACACUACAAGCGAUUUACAAAGAACGCCUUUGUCGAAGAGAAAAACCCGACGAUUGUCACGUUCCCACUCAGAGGAGUUGAUUUCCGUGAAUAUCUGGAUGCAGCACCAACGCAUCCGCCAACCGUCUAUGAUCUGAUCGCCAAUGUAACCCACGAAUCAGUUGCCGGAACUACUCGCGACAAGGAAAACACGAUUUGGAAAGUUCAUCUCCGUGCCGCUGGCGGGGGCGGCGAGGGCGAGAAAUGGUUCCAGAUCCAAGACCUCAUCGUUGAAGAAACGCGCAAGGAGAUGAUCUUCCUUGGGGAGACCGUGCUGCAGAUAUGGGAACGACGUGCUGCGAACGCCGAUGUUAACGCGUCAAUGAAAAUGGUUGUCGAUCGACGGUGAUACCGAAGCGUUGGUUAGACAUUAGGCUGAGGAGAUACCGGGGUUUCGACUUACAGUGUAUGGGAGCCCCGCCCCCAAUGAGACCGGAGAUACAAAUACACAUCUUACAUAUCAUGACCAGCGCAUGUUAAUGGAGCUCAGCGAAGCUCACGCGUCACUAAUCGUCCAAGACAACACAUGAAAUUGUAUUGAGCCGUCUACGCCCCUGUUUUGGGCACAAGGUGUUCCGAGUACGGCCGCCGUUCUCCGCGGCGACCAUAAACUGGCACACCUGUCUGGUUGAUCAGAGGGCGCGUGGGCACGCUUUAGGGGCGCAUACCCUGUGCUAGCGCAGUGUAAUGUCACUUUGCCGAAGAAUGCGGUGACGGCGAAGAUGCAGGGGAUUUCCCUGGCACACCGGGUGAUGCUAUUGAUGUGUUCAUCGGAGGAACUGGCUUUCGG